AUGUCUACGUUUGACCCGAUUGGGUUCCUGAGCUGCUACAUGGUGACUGCCAAACUGCUGCUGAGGGAGAUUUGGCGGAGAGGAGUCAACUGGGACGAGCCGCUACCGGAUGAAUUGGCCGCAGCCUUCGAGGAUUGGCGGCAAGGGAUGAGUCGGAUCCAGGAAUUCCGAUGCCCGCGCCACUACUUUGGCGGCGGACGAGUGCGGACGCUACACAUCUUCGUGGACUCCAGUCAAUCGACGUUCGCAGCAGCGGCCUACUGGCGGGCCACGUACGAGAACGGAGUCGUGCAGGCGCACUUCAUAAGCUCCAAAACGAAAUGCGCCCCGAUGAGGACCAUGUCGAUCCGCGAUCCGCGACUGCAACUCCAAGCAGCGGUAUUGGGCACGAGAUUGAUGGACACCGUCAAGCAGGAGCACGGUGUGGCGAUCAGCAGCUGUGCGCUAUGGACGGACUCCAAGACUGUGUUGCAUUGGAUAAGCAACACCCACCGGAGAUACAAACAGUUCGUCGGAAACCGGGUGGCGGAGAUUUUGGAAUCGACAGAGGCGUCCCAGUGGAGAUGGAUCCCGUCCGCCGAAAACGUGGCGGAUGACGCGACAAGGCCGCGCAAGGCCGUGGACCUGAGCAUCGGUUCGCGAUGGCUAAGCGGACCGCCGUUUCUACGAGGACCAGAGGAGAGCUGGCCGAGAUCGAGCGAGGACUGGAUUCCUCCGACGACCGACGAUGAGGAAAUGAAAUGUGAGUUUGCCUUGGUCACGGUAAACUUUAUAUCCCUGCAGAGGUUCUCCAGCUAUAAUCGACUGGUGAGGACGACUGCGUGGGCGCUCAGAUUUGUUCGACGAUGCCGUGGAAUACGUCGCGAUAAAGAGGUCUACGGAUUGACCGCGAUGGAGUGCGCUGAAGCAGAGCGCGCAUUGAUACGGCAGUCGCAGCGAGAAGCGUUUGCUGAGGACAGCCAAGGAAACGUCGCCAAGGACAGCCGACUGCACGGACUGUUCCCAUACCUUGACGAGGACGGAGUAUUGAGAGCCAGUGGAAGGAUCGACGACGCGACGUGUGUGCCAUACAACGCACGUCGGCCGAUCAUACUGUCUCACGAGGAGGCGCUGGCAGAAAUGAUCGUGCAGCAACACUACGAAAAGAUGUGCCACCAAAACACGGAGGCGACGAUCGGAUCGAUUCGGAGUAAGUUCUGGUUAACGAACUUGCGGAGACUGCUACGGAGGGUGGUGAGCAAAUGCAACGUUUGCAAGCUGCGGAAGGCACGACCCACACAGCCCGAGAUGGGCCCCCUGCCUGCGGAUCGACUAGAGGCCAACGGAUGGCCAUUGAAGUCUACUGGCCUGGACUACUUUGGGCCGCUCUUUGUGACAAUAGGACGUCGCACAGAGAAGAGGUGGGUGGCACUGUUUACGUGCCUGACCACGAGGGCUAUCCACUUGGAGAUGGCUCACGAUUUGUCCACCGACUCCUGCAUAAUCGCCAUGAGGAACUUCAUGAGCCGCCGUGGACCAGUGGUCAGGAUAAGAAGCGACAAUGGGAAGAACUUCCUUGGAGCCGACCGCGAGGCCAAGAGGUUCAGCGAAGUGUUCGAGCCUGCACAUAUCCAGGGCGAGCUGUCGUCUAAGGGAAGUCGAAUGGAUCUUCAACUGCCCGGCGAACCCAGCUGA